AAUUCCAUGACUUUCAUUAUACCCUAACAAGCAACAUGAGUCUCUGCUCAUUUAUUUGGCCCAUACAUUUAUCUUAAUAGUCUAUUGGGCUUAGAUAAUAUUGACCACAUAAAUAAACCCCAAUUAUGAUAUAUAAGGGUAAUUCUAUUUGCAGCCCACAAAUUGCUACUCACAGCCAUUAAAUAUUUUUAAUACCUAAACUACCCUGACCGACAUGGCGUAUGAGAGCGCUCACCUCACCGUCGCCAACCCACUCCGGCAGUGCAUAAAUUUGGAAUAUCAAAUUAAUUAAAGUCUAUUGAGAUUUGAGAAUAGGUGGAAGAAACAUAAGCAAUUGAUCAAAACAUUACACAGAACCAAUCAGAUUUGAUGAAGAUGACCCAAAGGAGGAAAUAUGAUUUAAAGUUUAUCUUCCAUGUGCGUAAUGAUACAGCCGGCAACAGGUUUACCAACACAAGUCAACAUAACCAUUUUCCAUAUGUUUAUCCUUCAAAAAGUUCCUGUCGCUCUAAUCAACCUUGCCUUGCCGGAUAGGAGUCAAUUGAGUUUCCCGAUGCAGGAGGAGCAGGUCCGGCCCGGGACGAAUAAGGAAUGUCUACGCCUUCUUACUCCAUCGCCCUGUCCGGAAACACCAGCUUCACCAUGUAAAGUGCCUCAACCUUCUGACGCCCGUAUUGAAGCCCUGCCGCCUCAGCAUAGCGACUGCCGCCCUCUGGCCACUGCCUAUGGGAUUCCUUGAAAGAAGGGAUGUGCUCAGAAAAUUAUAGAGAACUGAACACAACACUUUGGGUUGAGGAAAAGGCUGAAUAGCCACCAAGUUUCGAUGGAUGUGCAAGAGGCAGUCUUUUCUCUUGACUGCUUUCGCCAGAGCUUAUCGUCGCUGCGGCCGGAGCUUAUGGUGACCGGAAUAAAGAACAAGCGUAGAGAAGUCAUGUGAGCGUCCGUUAUCCGGACAGCGUAUUGAGGUGGGGGGAG